AUGUUGAAGAUGAACAUCCAGGAUACUGCGACUACGAAGACCCCGAGUGUGACCCGACAACGAGUUGAGGACCUCAAGCAGCGAGACCAAGUGGCCACCGAAACUCGUGGAGUCGACGGCAGCCUGGAUGAGCUCGAAUGGAAUGCAACUACCCCGAAUGCCCCAAGACACCACAGAUAUCUCAACGCCCAGGAACGUGCCAAGUCAGCGAAGUCGGCGACCAAGGUGCCAGUUCCGAGCGUGACUUGGUUUCACUAUGGAGAGUGA